CUUGAGACACACGCAGCAUCUGGUGGAGGAUUAACAUACAUACAUGUGUAUGUAUGCGUCACGUAUAUAUUUACUGCAAAUGGUGGGGAUCAUUUAGUGCCCGAGAUGGGAGACCUGAAGUCAGGUUUUGAAGAGGUGGAUGGCGUGAGGCUCGGCUACCUCAUCAUUAAAGGAAAGCAAAUGUUUGCCCUCUCCCAAGUCUUCACGGAUCUGCUGAAAAACAUCCCGAGGACGACCGUGCACAAGCGCAUGGAUCAUUUGAAAGUGAAAAAGCACCACUGCGAUCUGGAGGAGUUGCGGAAACUCAAGGCAAUCAACAGCAUCGCCUUCCACGCCGCCAAAUGCACGCUCAUCUCUCGGGAAGACGUGGAAGCUCUCUACACCUCCUGCAAAACCGAGCGUGUCCUCAAAACCAAGCGCAGGAGGGUCGGCCGGGCCCUGGCCACAAAGGCGCCGCCACCAGAGCGCGCCGCCGCCGCCGCCUGCCCCCGCCCGGGUUUUUGGAAGGACAAGCACCAACUUUGGCGGGGCCUGAGCGGAGCCGCGCGGCCCCUGCCAAUCAGCGCGCAGUCCCCGCGCCCGGGCGCCGCCGCCGCGCGCCCCGCCGCCCAUCUACCUCAGAUUUUUAGCAAAUACCCGGGCUCGCACUAUCCGGAAAUCGUGCGCUCGCCUUGCAAACCCCCUCUAAACUAUGAAACUGCCCCGCUCCAGGGAAACUACGUUGCUUUCCACUCGGACCCUGCUUAUUUUCGGAGCCUGCUCUGCAGCAAGCACCCGGCCGCCGCCGCCGCCGCCGCCGCCGCCGCUGCCGCCGCCGCCGCCGCCGCCGCCGCCGCCUACUACCAGGCGUCGGCGGCCGGGCCCCAGCCCAAGGCGGCGGCGGGCGCAGGAGGCCCGGUGAGCCUGACCUACCGGUGCAAGCGCAAGCGCGGGGGCGCCAAGGACUGCCUGCUCGCGCCCCACGCCGGCGCCCGCCGCCUGCUGCUGCUGCCCAGGUCCUACAAAGCCAAGGCGGCGGCCGCGGCGGCGGCGGCCGCGGCGGCGGCGGCAGCCGCUGGGGCCACUUGCCUGGAGAGGUUUCACCUGGUUAACAGCUUCUGCACGCCUCCCCACCACCACCACCACCAUCACCACCACCACCACCACCACCACCACCACCACCGGGCCCAGCAGCCGCCGUCGAAUCACCACCCCCCACAUCACCACCGGCCGCAGCCCCAUCUCGGCAGCUUUCCCGAGAGUUGCAGCAGCGACUCGGAGUCCAGCUCCUACUCGGACCAUGCAGCCAACGACUCAGAUUUUGGCUCCAGUUUGUCCAGCUCCAGCAACUCGGUGUCCUCGGAGGAAGAAGAGGAGGAGGGAGAAGAGGAGGAGGAGGAGGAAGAGGAGGAGGAGGAGGAGGAGGGGGGCAGUGGGGCCUCGGAUUCCAGCGAAGUCAGCUCGGAGGAGGAGGACUCGUCCACGGAGUCGGACUCCAGCUCCGGCUCCAGCCAAGUGUCAGUGCAGAGCAUCCGUUUCAGACGCACCAGCUUCUGCAAGCCUCCCAGCGUGCAGGCGCAGGCCAACUUCUUGUACCAUCUGGCCUCCGCAGCCGCUGCAACCAAACCCGCUGCUUUCGAGGAUGCGGGCAGACUUCCCGACCUCAAGAGUAGUGUCAAAGCGGAGUCGCCGGAGGAGUGGAAUCUGCAGAGCUGGGCCCCCAAAGCGUCUCCGGUAUACUGCCCGGCCGGCCUGGGGAGUUGUUUCACAGAGAUAAGGAACGAUAGGGUAUCUGAGAUUACAUUCCCACACUCUGAAAUUUCCAGUACUGUAAAGAGAACUGACCUGACAAUUAACUGCCUGGCGGAGGGGGCCUCUUCACCUAGCCCAAAGACAAACAAUGCAUUUCCACAACAAAGAAUACUCCGAGAGGCAAGGAAAUGCCUACCAGCAAGUCCUACGGCACACUGUGCAGAUAACAACACAAUAGCUGCUAGGUUCUUAAAUAAAGAUUCUUCAGGAGCGGCCUCAAAUUCAGAGAAAGAUUCCAAAAUCCCUCAUUGUGCUGAAUUUGCUACGGAUUUGUCCCCUUCACAAGCGGAUUCUGCGGUGGAUGCAGCAGCAGCAGCAACUAAAGCUGAGACUCCCUGCACGAACACAGGAGACAAGACCUUGCCAUUUCUGCACAAUAUUAAAAUCAAAGUAGAAGACAGUAGUGCUAAUGAAGAAUAUGAACCUGACCUUAUUACAAAUAAGCUUAAGUGCGAGUGCAAUGAUACAAAGGGUGAGUUUUACAGUGUGACUGAAAGUAAAGAGGAGGACGCCUUGUUAACCACAGCCAAGGAGGAAGGCUUUGCAUGCCCUGAAAAAGAAACUCCUUCCUUAAAUCCACUGGCUCAGAGUCAGGGCCUUUCAUGCACUUUAGGUUCUCCAAAACCUGAGGAUGGGGAAUAUAAAUUUGGUGCCAGGGUGAGAAAAAAUUACCGGACACUAGUACUGGGAAAGCGACCUGUACUUCAGACACCUCCAGUCAAACCAAAUUUGAAAUCAGCUAGAAGUCCUCGUCCUACAGGUAAAACUGAGACACAUGAAGGAACACUGGAUGAUUUUACAGUUAUAAACAGACGCAAAAAGGUAGCCAGCAAUGUAGCAUCAGCAGUGAAAAGGCCAUUUAAUUUCAUGGCAAAUUUUCCUUGUCCACCAUCACUCAUUAUUGGGAAGGAUGGGGAUUUGUGGCCGGCGUAUUCCUUAAACACCACUAAGGAUUCCCAACCUCCUCACAAGGCCCAUCCUAUAUGGAAAUGGCAGCUGGGCGGUUCUGCAAUACCUCUUCCACCUAGUCACAAAUUCAGGAAAUUUAAUUCAUAAAAGUGUUUUGGAAGAUAUUUUCUUGAACCCUAUUACCUUCCUUUUGUUGUAAACUGCACAGGAUGGUUUGUACAAGUCCAUUAAUGUGUUACACCCCUUUUGGAGCCCUGGUUUAUCGCAUUUUGAAGACAGAAAUCGGAUUACUUUUUUUCCA